AUGCAUAACACGUUUAAAAAAAAUCCGAAUGCAUCCUUAGCGCAAGUUUUUCGGCGAGGCUACGAAGUGGUGUACGAUCUCAACAACACGAUAGAAAUCUUCCACUGGAACAGAUUCUCUAAGCAGAUCAUUUCAAUCGAUCCUCACAACAUCGUCGUGCCGGAUGAUACACGUGAUUUGUAUGGCUUUAAGAUAGAAAUGUUGCAAAUGGAACAUUAUACCCGGGUAAUGACCUUCGACCGAUACUUCUUGGAACAAAUUGCUAUCAAAAGAAACGCAACGGCUGUGUUAACUGAAAAGUUUACGAAUGGAGUAACAAUUAUUCCUUUACUGAAUUUGGCAUAUGAUAAUAUCCAUCAGCUACUAGUACCGGCAGUAGGAACAUUUUUUUGGGUUGUCGUCGUCCCUCGAGCCAAGCCCAAGUCAAUCGUGUCCAUUUUGAUCGAUCCUUUCGAUACGUAUGUAUGGAUUACAUUUUUCUUUUUAGUACUCACGAUGGCGAUUACUCUUUCCUUAUUUGGAAAGAUUCUCGGAAAGCGUCAUUUCGUAGAGAUAGUUCUUGAGUUGAUCAUGAUUUCUCUCGCGGGUCCUUCCAGGGCGUACGGCGGAUCAUUCGAGAAUCGGAUCAUCACUAUAUUCUGUGUAAUGGGCAUAGUACUCAUCUCAUCCUACCAGUCACUCAUCAUAUCCUUUAUGUCUUAUGUGCGGUACCAUCCAGAGAUCAACACGAUGGCAGAGAUAGAAGAACAAUGUCUUUUCAAUGACGACAAAUAUGCAAAAAUCUUCAAUUUGAAAACAUUUCCAAAUGGUACAUUACCCGAAACUUUAUGUUCUUUAUGCUUGGGUCGUGAUAACGAACAACGAACUAUUAUGAUUUCAGCAUUAUUGUUUGAAGACAGGCACGAAUUUUCCAAAGAAGACUUCACAGUUUAUCGAUACGAAAACUUUCGCUUUUCUAAAGUCAAGUUUUUCGAAUAUCAGCAUUGUUACAUGGUCGAAGACCAUCUGCGAGGAGUAUUUGCAUUUUAUAUGCAAGCAAUUAUCGAAUCAGGCAUCUAUGAAUAUUAUUACAACAACAAAUCGCAACCUAAUUGGGAGUACGAUCAGGACACAUUCGUUGAUCGAGUAGUGAAAAUCAGUGAUCUUUUAUUACUCUGGUAUGCAUACCUAUGUGGAGCGUUGCUGAGUGUGAUAUGUUUCGUAAUGGAAACAGUCGUUCAUAACGAAAUUGAAGGACAACCGGUUUUACAUUAA